CAAGUGGGGGAAAUAAACUUCCCAGGGUGAUAUUAUGAUGUUUAAGGAGGAUGACUUGCACGAGGGUUUAUCCCGAGGAAGUGCAAUUAUACGACUCCUGGUUAUGUUGAGCCAAUUGUGGCCAGGUCAAGAACAUGUCCAAGUAAUGAAUUAUGAUUAAGCAAGAUGAGAUAUGAAUCAUGUAUAAGGAUACCAAAUAUGAGUGUUUUGGUCUCAUGGUCAAUUACAUAGUAAUUAGGGCUCCCCAUGCUAUUACUCCGUUAUGAUAUGUUAUGUCACACCCCU